AUGAAAGCAUCAAACUUAGAGCGCGUCGGGCCUCGGCUGCGUUGGAUUGCAAACAGAUUCGGGCUGCAGCUCGCAUUUUCCCCCGAACUCUCAGGCGUGCUGCCAAGUUGUGCCUUCUAUGCUCCCGCAUUUCGCUCCUCCGGCUACAGUAUUCAAAGUCUUGUGGGCCAAGAAGCUCAGUCGAACUCGUAUGGGCGUAGAACGCAGAAUCUUGCCAAUUGGACAGAGGAUCACCGAGUCUUGGGAUUGGUUAUCGGCGUCUUGCACCGGCGUUCAUCGACUCUGCGCGACCGCCACAAUUUCAGGAUCUAA